AUGCCACCUCGACCCAGUGCUCACACAGGACAGCCUCGACCCAGUCCUCACACGGGUCAGCCUCGACCCAGUCCUCACACAGGACAGCCUCGACCCAGUGCUCACACAGAUCAACCUCGACCCAGUGCUCACACAGGACAGCCUCGACCCAGUGCUCACACAGGACAGCCUCGACCCAGUGCUCACACAGGACAGCCUCGACCCAGUCCUCACACAGGACAGCCUCGACCCAGUCCUCACACAGGACAGCCUCGACCCAGUCCUCACACGGGUGAGCCUCGACCCAGUGCUCACACGGGUCAGCCUCGACCCAGUCCUCACACGGGUCAGCCUCGACCCAGUGCUCACACAGGACAGCCUCGACCCAGUCCUCACACAGGACAGCCUCGACCCAGUCCUCACACAGGACAGCCUCGACCCAGUCCUCACACAGGACAGCCUCGACCCAGUGCUCACACAGAUCAACCUCGACCCAGUGCUCACACAGGACAGCCUCGACCCAGUGCUCACACAGGACAGCCUCGACCCAGUGCUCACACAGGACAGCCUCGACCCAGUCCUCACACAGGACAGCCUCGACCCAGUCCUCACACAGGACAGCCUCGACCCAGUCCUCACACGGGUGAGCCUCGACCCAGUGCUCACACGGGUCAGCCUCGACCCAGUCCUCACACGGGUCAGCCUCGACCCAGUGCUCACACAGGACAGCCUCGACCCAGUCCUCACACAGGACAGCCUCGACCCAGUCCUCACACAGGACAGCCUCGACCCAGUCCUCACACAGGACAGCCUCGACCCAGUGCUCACACAGGACAGCCUCGACCCAGUCCUCACACAGGACAGCCUCGACCCAGUGCUCACACAGGACAGCCUCGACCCAGUGCUCACACAGGACAGCCUCGACCCAGUCCUCACACGGGUCAGCCUCGACCCAGUGCUCACACGGGUCAGCCUCGACCCAGUGCUCACACGGGUCAGCCUCGACCCAGUCCUCACACGGGUCAGCCUCGACCCAGUGCUCACACGGGUCAGCCUCGACCCAGUGCUCACACGGGUCAGCCUCGACCCAGUCCUCACACGGGUCAGCCUCGACCCAGUGCUCACACGGGUCAGCCUCGACCCAGUCCUCACACAGGACAGCCUCGACCCAGUCCUCACACGGGUCAGCCUCGACCCAGUGCUCACACAGAUCAGCCUCGACCCAGUCCUCACACAGGACAGCCUCGACCCAGUGCUCACACAGAUCAGCCUCGACCCAGUGCUCACACAGGACAGCCUCGACCCAGUCCUCACACGGGUCAGCCUCGACCCAGUCCUCACACAGGACAGCCUCGACCUAGUCCUCACACAGGACAGCCGCGACCUAGUGCUCACACAGAUCAGCCUCGACCCACUGCUCACACAGGACAGCCUCGACCCAGUGCUCACACAGGACAGCCUCGACCUAGUGCUCACACAGGACAGCCUAGACCCAGUCCUCACACAGGACAGCCUCGACCCAGUGCUCACACAGGACAGCCUCGACCUAGUGCUCACACAGAUCAGCCUCGACCUCUAGAAGCCUCUAGAUCAGCCUGUCCUGUGCUCACACAGGACAGCCUCGACCCAGUGCUCACACAGGACAGCCUCGACCCAGUGCUCACACAGGACAGCCUCGACCUAGUGCUCACACAGGACAGCCUCGACCCAGUCCUCACACAGGACAGCCUCGACCUAGUGCUCACACAGGACAGCCUCGACCUAGUGCUCACACAGGACAGCCUCGACCCAGUGCUCACACAGGACAGCCUCGACCUAGUGCUCACACAGAUCAGCCUCGACCCAGUGCUCACACAUGACAGCCUCGACCCAGUGCUCACACAGGACAGCCUCGACCCAGACCUCACACAGGACAGCCUCGACCUAGUGCUCAACACAGAUCAGCCUGGACCCAGUGCUCACACAGGACAGCCUCGACCCAGUGCUCACACAGGACAGCCUCGACCUAGUGCUCACACAGGACAGCCUCGACCCAGACCUCACACAGGACAGCCUCGACCAAGUCCUCACACAGGACAGCCUCGACCCAGUCCUCACACAGGACAGCCUCGACCCAGUCCUCACACAGGACAGCCUCGACCCAGUCCUCACACAGGACAGCCUCGACCCAGUGCUCACACAGGACAGCCUCGACCCAGUCCUCACACAGGACAGCCUCGACCUAGUCCUCACACGGGACAGCCUCGACCCAGUGCUCACACAGGACAGCCUCGACCUAGUGCUCACACAGGACAGCCUAGUCCUCACACGGGUGAGCACACACUAGUGCUCACACAGGACAGCCUCGACCCAGUGCUCACACAGGACAGCCUCGACCUAGUGCUCACACAGGACAGCCUCGACCCAGUCCUCACACAGGACAGCCUCGACCCAGACCUCACACGGGUCAGCCUCGACCCAGUCCUCACACAGGACAGCCUCGACCUAGUGCUCACACAGGACAGCCUCGACCCAGUGCUCACACAGGACAGCCUCGACCUAGUGCUCACACAGAUCAGCCUCGACCCAGUGCUCACACAGGACAGCCUCGACCCAGUGCUCACACAGGACAGCCUCGACCCAGUCCUCACACAGGACAGCCUCGACCUAGUGCUCACACAGAUCAGCCUCGACCCAGUGCUCACACAGGACAGCCUCGACCCAGUGCUCACACAGGACAGCCUCGACCCAGUGCUCACACAGGACAGCCUCGACCCAGUGCUCACACAGGACAGCCUCGACCCAGACCUCACACAGGACAGCCUCGACCUAGUCCUCACACGGGUCAGCCUCGACCCAGUCCUCACACAGGACAGCCUCGACCUAGUCCUCACACGGGUCAGCCUUACCAUACACCGACCUGCACCUGACCCUCAAAGACUUACUCAUAAACUCCAGCAUCGUGUAUAACCGAAAGUAGUAUGUUCUAGAAUUUAUUACAAACGUAUAAUAUAAUUUUACAUAUAUUUCGGCCUAGAUUAGGUUAGAUGUUUAGCUUCCUGUUGGCAAUUAUAUACAUUUGUUGUGCGUGUGUGGAAGCACUGACACAGGGGCGGUUAAGGCAGAGAUCGUCAGUGAAAUACUGUUCGGGGAAUGUUCGAACGUCAUCCGUUGUUAGUCUUAUGUAAAGUGGUCUUUAAUUAAUAAACAAAGACUUUGAGGACGGGCCCGAGACAAGUAAUGAGUUGUGAUUCGAACUAUUGUUUUAUAAAGGUUCGAACGAAAUCAGUUAAAUGGUGGCUGGAUUAACUAGCAUUUGCCAAUUGUUUGUGAGAAGUCUCGUUUUUUUCCUCUAUAGUGAUAAAAAAGCACAAUAUGUGUACAAAUAAUGGAAAUUAACCUAAGCAAUAAAUUAUUACACAAAGAACACAUACUAUACAACCAGGAAAGACAACUCACAUGUGUAAUCCUAAAGUACAAAUUGUACUUUACACUCAAAUGCCUUCAAAAUGUUAUAGGACGAACAAAAUAACACAAGAUGAACGUGACAGAUCAUAAUAAAAGGUAACACGGAGCUCACUACUAAUUUUAUUUUGAUUAAUUAACUUGCCAAGGAAUGCUACAUAAAUACAAUAAAAGAAAGUACAAAGUCAAAAUACAAAGUAGCUAACAACAGUCACCGUACUGAACCCAGCACACAUAUAUGAACGUAUGCCUGUAUAAACAUGGAACACAACAGCGCAACAACUAGCAUCAAACACAAAAAUAUGGGUACAGGUCACUCCGUAUCGGACACAGGAUCAGCCACAUUGUACAUAGUAGGAUAGUUCUCCUGGGGAUACUUCCGACGAUACCACCGCCACUCAUCUCAUGCAGCCGGAGACGGUGGAACGCCAUUCGUGGCAGAGGGGCGACGCGUACGCAACGAAGGUAACGUGAAGGUACUGGCGCAGGUGCGCCAGUACCUUCAUGCACCAGCGUGUUACCCGUCUCGUCAUCCUCAACCGUCAGCAGCACCCAGCGAGGAAAAGUCGGUCUCCAGAAAGCUGUUGACCGGGUCCCCAAUCUGUACUUGACUGGUGCCAGCAAGGUGGACUGGGAACCCACUCCGACUGGGUUGUCUGGGAUACAUAAAGUGGAGGCUGUGACCUAAUACAGAUGAAGAAGACGGGAUAUUCCAGUCUAGGUAACCCUCUUACUGGGCCAGAUGCAAACUUGCUCCACCCGUCACCUUCUACCUUGCCAUAUUGUCCGAGAAGUCGGGUGAGCACCUCGUGACAGUUCACACGGCGCAUCAAACACGGCUCAAAACGUCACCGUCUUCCUGGUGUCAAGAACUGUCACUGUUCCCGCACCAUUUGUCAAUGGCACAUCUCCGCAUCGGUCCAUAAAUGCUUUGAUACUGCUACGACACGCCUAUUCCUUAAAAGCAGUACCCCAUGACCUCCUCCAGGCUAACACGCCCACAAGCGUAGCUCCCACAAGAGCCUAGUCAGCUCGUAUAGUCAAAUCUGGACCGGCCAAAACAUAUCACCGUAAAGGAGAAGCCCAUCCCUCCAUGGUCCUCCCUGCACCAAGCAGGGCACUCACGCUGGGAAUGAAGUGAAAAUAAUCGCAUUGUUCAAAAACAUGAAGUCAAUUGAGAGGCAAUCGGGAACCAUUGCCUUCACUGACGUCUCACCAAACAGGUGAGACUUCAGAACGUCGCCCAUCCGGGUGAGUUUGUGAGAACUAGGUAGACACAGUGUGUCUGGGGUAGAGGCAUUCAGUAGAAGACGAGUGGCGGGUAGUCACGAGUGGCGGGUAGUCACGAGUGGCACGAGUCACUAGUCCCUCUCAUAAACAAGGGACUGACGCGCGUUAGUCCAGGUGCCAAGCCUCUGGGUUAACAUGGACACGCUCCGCAUCACUCAACUCAUGUCGUUCCACCUUUUCUUGACCGACGACAGUUCGUUCGAUAUUUGAUUCCUUGUGCCGCAGCAAAAUGUUAAAUAGGUAUUUUAAAUGUUAUAUGUGCAUUGUAUAUGCUAUAUAUGCAUUGUAAAUGUUAUAUGUACCUUUUAAAUGGUAUAUAUGCGUUUUAAAUGUAAUUAAUUUGUAUUAGUGUCUUAAAUUAUGAUUAAGUCUUCACAAAGAUGAAAAACAAAUAUAUUUUCGUCGUUAUAUAAACUAUGUUAAUAACUUGAUAUAAUACGGUUAGUAUUGGCCAUCCUUCCUGAAGUGAAAGUACUGAUAAUAAUUAUUUGGUCAAACGCAUCAAUGUGUUGUGAAGUUGACAUAAUUUGUCAUAAAAAAUUGACCUUUGUAUUAUUGAAAGUUUUUAACGGGAACAUAAAUAUAUGACCUGACCUAACCUCUCCUAGAAAUCCUAGACCUAAUACACGCUAUUGUAGAUCUAAUGGGAAUAUAUGUGCGCGCUAUACUAGUCAUAUUAAUAUAUUAGUUUGUUUAUGUCUAUAUUUGUUCCAGACUCUAAAAAAAUACAAGCACAAUAAAUGAAUUAUUAGCUGUCCAUCACUACACAUUGGUACUUUCGACCGAAUAGUCACUAUACGUACUAUCAUGAAACUGAAAAUAGUGUAUAGCUUGGUCCAAAGAACACCAGGUGAACAGGGAGUACCUUCAGUAAGCACAUGUCUUCUGAAGACACUGUAUAAUGGUUCUCUAGGUUCAGAAAGUUUUACACUUAACGUAUAAGAGUGACGUGAUAUGUGAGCUGAAUGUUACUGGCUGUGUGGAGGGUUCCAGGGGAAAGAUAAGUGUACUUACAAUUACCUUCUAGUUACACUCCAGCUAUAAGCUUUGUAAAAGUUAACAAUUUGUUCUGUAACAGUUAAAGUGUUAUACAAUAACUCUGAGAAUAAUGUAUUUCCAUUGAAGAUAAACUGUUCAAACAUUCUGUCUUGUACAUAAGAUACUUAAGCAUUAAGAUCAACAAAACAUUC